AUCAUGACCUCUCUAUUUUUUCAUCCAGCUGCAGUGUCCAAUCAAACGAUGGAAUUUCCCUCACGUCAUGAAGGAUAUUUUUCAGUGGGUGGGAAGGAGGAGAUUUGAACUUUGAAUCGUAUCCGCAGACUACAGCAACUCAGCAGUAGCAGCAGCUGAGUGAGCAGCAGUGACAGCACAGGGGAGGGGACGUGUUCAGCUGUCCGUCAGCUUUACCACUUCAGUCUGGGCUUGUUGUGCCCUAGUCUCGCACAUUUAGGACACACCAUGUCGUUCAUCCUUAUGAAGAAAAAGAGAUUUAAAUUUAAAGUAGACAUCGACUUGGAGGAAUUGUCAUCGGUUCCCUUCGUAAACGUAGUUUUAUUCUGUAAAGUUAGACUCCUGGAUGGAGGCUUUGCCGAAGAGUCGUCUCGGGAACCAGUCCAAGCCAACUGUGUUCACUGGAAGAAGAGAUUCUCUUUCAUGUGUAAGAUGAGUGCCAAUGCUGGGACAGGUGUACUAGACCCCUGUUUGUGCCGGGUGUCUGUGCGCAAGGAACUGAAAGGUGGAAAAACAUGGGCAAAGCUGGGCUUUGCUGACUUGAACCUGUCUGAGUUUGCUGGAUCUGGCAGCACUACACGACGAUGUCUCCUAGAGGGAUAUGACACCAAGAACACCAGACAGGACAACUCAAUUCUGAAGGUUGUCAUCACUACACAACUUAUGUCUGGAGACCCCUGUUUUAAAACUCCCCCAUCUACAGCCAUGACUCUGGGAAACCCACAGGCUGAAGCUGAGUGUCUCCUUGAGGACAGAAAGGGAGGGGACAUGCACAUAUCCCAUUCACUCACUGAGACUCCAGUUAAGUCAGUAUCAGUCCCAGAGGAGCUGGUAGCGUAUGGUCACUCUAGAACACCCAGCUAUGCAAGUCAGCAGUCAAAAAUCUCAGGUUACAGCUCGAAUCACUCCAGUUUAACAGAUCUCAGCCAUCGGAGGAGCGCAUCAGGAGGUUCUGCCUCCACAGGCAUCGGCAGCAUCCUGGAACACAGUGAUCAACAGGGGGAGAGAGGAGAAAGGGAGAGCAGGACCACUCCCCCAGUCUCUGCAACCUGUCACCUUGCACUUGAACACCCCUCUACCCCUGCUAAAGUUCCAAGGCAUCCAGUAAAGCAGAACUCAAUGGAGAAUCAGCUGAAGAGAGUUGAUGCCACCAGGGUGGAUGCUGAUGACAUAAUAGAGAAAAUCCUGCAGAGCCAGGAUUUCAGUCAUGGCUUCUUGGACUCCAGUGCAGAGGAGGAGGGGCUCAGCUUGUUUGUUGGUCCUGGCGGGAGUACAGCUUUGGGAAGCCAGCACACUAGGGUCGCAGCUGGAGCCUUUGAGCAGGUGGUGAUCAAGCGCUAAGGUUUGGGAAAUAUGUGUCUGUCAUAAAGGGUGCCGUAUUACACUGAUGCGGGGGGACACAAGACUGAGUAGUGGAGGUGCCAUCAGAACUUGCUCCAGCCUCACUCCAGGAGAUUUAAGUACUCUUAUGCAAUCCCUCUGCAGCGGACCUACAAUGUCUGUUGACCAGGAGAGCCCCCUAGUGUUCAAGAAGUGGAGGUGAAGGCCACAUUAUUGGGACAUGUCGGUGACAGAGAAAACUGGUGUGUUGAAUGAAAACUAGGGGUUAGUACUGUAUUUUUUCACAUGUUGUUCACCCUUCUUGGUGACAUUUGGAGCUGUUAAGGGGUUUCCCUGUUAUUUAAAAAAGUAUGUCAUAGGAUCCAACAUGUUUUUACUUUGGUAUGGUUGAUUUUGUUUCACCAUUUUACUUGUACCAGAAGUGGCUUGAUGGGGGGACUGUGUCCGUUCCUUGAAGCCCCAUAUAUUUAAAGUAAUAGAAAACUGACACUGUGGAAUUUACAGUGGUUACAGCACCAUUGUGUGUCAGUAGCUCAAGCCUGUUCCACAUAAACACCUCUGUUCACCUGGUUGUGAGGGAGGAUGAAUGUCUUUAAAGUACCAUUCGGUUUUUAUGUUUUGUUCCUUCGGUAUGAUAUCUAUUUUGUGUGUGCGCGUGUAUGUCUGUUGUCUGAAAAGUCAAAAGGAAUGAAUUUAUUUUUUACCACAGAUUUUCUAAAUGUGCCAAACUUGUAAAAUGUAUAUUUGCUGCCACUUAAGAAGUCACAUCAGUAGUAUGUAAACUAUGUAUGAAAGUCAACUGUGUAAAGCACAUGUUUUUAAGAUAUCUCUAUGUU